AUGGCAACAACGGCUUUCAAGAUGGUUCGCAUGUCAGUACUCGCAGAUUGCUUGAAGACGAUCAGCAACGCCGAGAAGCGUGGUCGUCGCCAAGUGUUGAUUCGUCCUUCUUCCAAGGUGAUUGUCAAGUUCUUGGUCUGUAUGCAAGCACACGGAUACAUUGGAGAAUUCGAGAUUGUCGACGAUCAUCGCUCCCAAAAGAUCGUCGUUGAGCUCAAUGGACGUCUCAACAAGUGCGGUGUCAUCUCCCCAAGAUUCGAUUGUCCAUAUGACGAAAUCGAAAAAUGGAUUGUCAAUCUUCUGCCUUCUCGUCAAUUCGGACAUGUUGUCCUUACCACCACCUACGGAAUCAUGACCCAUGAAGAAGCACGUCGCAAAAAGACGGGAGGUAAAGUAUUGGGGUUCUUCUACUAG